UUCCUCAUUCCCAUUAUUUUAACAUAUACCUUCUCUCACUUUUCGCAAUUCCCUCAUAUUACAAACCAUUCGUCUCAGGACUAUUGAAAAUAACAUAAAAGAUGUCUGAAGCACCACGCCGCUCAAGUCGUCUGAACAAGAAUCAGGAGGAAGAUACCAAAGGAAAAGUAAAGGCAGUCGACCAGGACGUCGAGAUGGAGGAAUCCGCCACCACUUCGACAGAGACGCCCAAGGAAAAGGUCCUUGGUGCUAAAGAGCUUGAGGCAUUGGCUAUUGCAGAUAUUAAGCAGCAUUUUGUACUGUUCACAAAGUCAGCUAAGACUCAUGAGGCUCGCUUUGCUAUUCGUGCAUUGAGGUCUGUUAGCUCUCUACGCAAGCGCCUUACUGUAGCUGUUCUCGCAAGGACUAUUGCUAGCUCUUAUGGAAAAGAUGAUGAAGCACGCAAGCUCCUUCUUGGAUAUCUUGGAUCAGAAGCUUUGGGUAGCAUCACUCCCGAGGACGAAGUUACAGUGACCAAGUUUGAAACCCCUGAAGUAGAUGUGUAUCUGCAUCUGCUCGUGAUGAUCUACUUGUUGGACCAGAACCAGCACGAAAAGGGUAUUGAGUUAUCAAACAUCACAGUCAAGGUCGUCCAGGAUUUAAAUAGAAGAUCGCUGGACCAGCUUGCAGCCAAGGUCUACUUCUACUAUGCGCGAUUUUAUGAAGUGACUGGACGCCUCGCCGAGAUUCGCCCCACGCUGCUAAACGCCCAACGCACGGCCACUCUUCGUAGAGAUGAUGAUACUCAGUCAACAUUAAUUAAUCUACUCUUGCGCAACUACUUCCACUACAAUCUCUAUGAUCAGGCAGACAAGCUUGUUUCCAAAACAACUUUCCCCGAGAAUGCCACCAAUAACCAGUUGGCUAGAUAUAUGUACUAUCUUGGCAGGAUUAAGGCUAUCCAGCUUGACUACACUGAGAGCCACCAAAGCCUUUUGCAAGCCGUGCGUAAAGCUCCUCAGAACAAUGUCACCGCAGGAUUCCAGCAGGAGGCGAACAAACUUUUGAUUAUCGUCCAAUUGUUGAUGGGCGAGAUCCCUGAGCGCUCAUUGUUCAGACAACCAGUGCUGCGCAAGGCUCUGAUCCCUUACUUUCAAAUUACACAGGCUGUACGCGUAGGAGACCUGAACAAAUUCCAGGAGACGCUUGCAGCGCACUCAGCAACUUUUCAUGCGGAUAAGAACUAUACAUUGAUUCUGCGUCUGCGUCACAAUGUCAUCAAGACCGGUAUCCGCAUGAUCUCACUCUCAUAUUCCCGCAUCUCAUUACGCGAUGUUUGUCUCAAACUGCAUCUGGAUAGCGAGGAAGACGCAGAGUACAUUGUCGCCAAAUCGAUUCGUGAUGGAGUCAUUGAUGCAACAAUCGAUCACGAGAAGGGCUUCAUGCGAUCCAAAGAAAAUGUGGACAUCUACUCAACAAAUGAACCCCAGCACGCGUUCCAUCAACGAAUUGCAUUCUGUCUCAAGCUGCACAACGACUCUGUUAAGGCAAUGCGCUUUCCUCUUAAAACUGUCAACCAGGAUGCAGCAGAGGUGGAGGCAGCAAGAGAUCAGGAGAGAACUUUGGUUCAGGAGAUUGCAGAAGCUGACGAAGACAUGGACGAAGAUCAUGAUGAACUCUAGAUUUAUCAUGUUGUAUUGAACGAUUUACUAGGGGUGAUAGUCAUGCUUACUUCCACAAUGUCUAGGCAUAGAGAUGUGGGGCGAACAGUGAUUGCCUAAAAAUUAGUAAACAGAAUCUGUUUGACUUCAUAAAAAUAAAAAUAAAUGUGACUUUCGUCCUGAC